AAACAUAAAUAUACGAAGGCAGUGGCCUGUGGGGUGGCGAAGAGGACACCGACUCUUGGCAAAUACCCGUGAGUGGGUAUGUGCGAAAGGCCCCCAUCAUCAUCAUUGACACUGAUUUGUGAGUGUCGACAGUGGCGCCUCGACAAGCGUGGCGCGAGAGAGUGCGGCCCGUGGCGUGAGCAGUGCGCGAGGUUCAGCGUUCGAGGGCAAAAAGCUUCCUCGCUGGGCCUCCGGCCCAGCUAUCACCGCCCGCGUCGCUACGUCUGCACCGAAUCAACACUUUCACCAGCUGGGAGGCAACCUUGCCCAGUUCUUCCACUGGGCGACUGGUCGAGGAGGGCUGGCGGUCCUGAGCCUGGUUGAACGAGCAUUCGGGUGAGUGGCCACAGGGCUACCCUGCCAACUGUGGACGUGACCCGGUGGCUGCUGCUCUGUGCUCCCGAGCACAAACCCCGCCGGUGGGAAACCAAGCACGCGGAGGUCCGGUACAUCGACUGUGGCGCAGGGCCACCAGAGCUCUACGUGGCGGUCCGACCCUGCAGUUCAAUCCCGCUGUCCGACACCGGUUCCACGACUUCUCCGACAUUGCAACACCUGCUUCCGCGUGAACUUUCGCCGGCUACCUUGCUGCCUCCGUGUUCGAGAGUGCUGCUCCACAUGUCCCUGACGUCGCGCUGCACCAGUCAUCAUCGUCGUUCCCUCGCCGUGCCAUGCAAGUGCCGGGCGGUCAACGCGUAUUCUACCCUAUCUUCCUUCCGGAUAACAAGGGCAAAUUGCUCCUCGUAUCAUCGGUGCACAUCCUGCAUGCUCAGCUGGAGAAGGUUAACUUCACAAUCCAUCACCCAUCAUCGACAGGCCAGGUUCCACGACGACAUGGUUUACGGCUAUAAAAGCGUCCCAGGCAGUUCCUUACUUCGGUGGGCGAGGCAACAGCGGCACGGGCAACAUGUUGAUCCGCUCUCUGUUCAUCACGCAGGUUUUGACCCUCUUGCUGCGCACACAACAGUUUUAUCUCGGUGAGGCAUUUGCCCGAUCUCCCUCUUACCAAGCAAAUGACGUUGGCUUCGAGAAUCGAGCACCAGCUGAUCGUUGCUUGAUCAACGACCUCAUCAUGCCUUCCGUCAACGUGUCUGCACCUGCGCUGUCAACGGUGACGUCACAUCACGGGGACACCAUGCCCUACAUAAGAAGCUUCCCAUCGCCGCUUAGAACCAGUGGGCUUGGCAGCAGCACCUCAGGCACAAUGCUCAAGAGCCCAUUUUGCUUCAUUGCGCAGUUCAGCCCUCGGGUGCGGCCGGGCAGCCACCAACCACGUGACGUGACGUCACGACAGACGGAGGAAAAGCUGGGCCCCAACUCGCGCGGUCGCGCGUGGCCGCAGCCACCACCUGAUUCCCGCUCCUCCCGCUGAGGGCGCUGCGCCGGCGCAUGACGUCACGGUGGAAAAGCUGGGCCCCAACUCGCAAGGUCACGCGU